AUGCCGAAGAAGCGAGCUGCGGGGGAGGAGGCGGGCGACAAUGUGUCGAAGUACGAGCAGAUGCGCAACGAGAGGAUUGCGCGGAAUCGCGAGAUUCUGAUGAGCAUGGGUCUCCAGGAGGCAGUGAAGGGUUUGAAAGACGUCGUGGCCCAGGGCAAGGCCAAACCGACGGCCGCGGCGUCGAAGAAGCGCAAGCGAGUCAAGCGCGAGAACAAGGCGCAGACCAAGGGGCCGGUGCGCAGAUCGAAGAGGAUCGCCCAGGACGAGGACACCGCGGCACGCAUCGAGGCCUCCGGCGCAGCGCCAGGGUCCGAUCUGGCGCUCUUCAUCGCCCACGGCACCUGCCCUGUGUGCGGCACCGCGGACGUGGCCUCGCUGGACGACUUUGACGCGCUCAGGGCGCACCUCGACGCCUGCGAAGCCCCGAUCGAGCUCCAGGCGGAGGCCGCGCCCAGAACCCCGCGUCCUGGUCGGUCGCUCGAGGAGCGGAUGGCCGAGCUGGAGCAGGGGACGCUGGUGGACUGGGACCCGGAGUUUGCUGUGUUCAUCGUGGUGGGGGCGCUGCGCAAGCAGCAGAAGAAGGGCCGGAUGGUCAUGGCGCGCAAUCACUACAAAAUAACCCUCUCGGACGACGGCCGCAAGUGCGAGUGCAUGGACCACCGGAUCCGCAAGCGCGACUGCAAGCACAUUCAUCUGACGCUGCGAACGCUCGGACUGACGCCGGAGACGGACUUCGCGGACUGGCGGGGCGCCGUGGACAAGUUCAUCGUCGAGCACGACCACGACUGA